GUCGUCCCGCGCUGUGCUCUCGCUGUGUUCUCGUCGAUCCUCGCCCUGCCAAGUCCGCUGCCAAUGUCCGGUUCUCGUCGGCUCCGUUUCGAAUCCCAUCAGCCCACAGAGCCCACAGAGCCCGCUCACACCACUCCCAGCAGCGCACCAUGGCAUCGUCGUCGUCCUCAGCAGGCUCCUCGAUCAUCUACGGCCUCGUUGCUCGAGGCCCUGUGAUCCUGGCCGAGCACGCCACCUCGACUGGCAACUUCACCACCAUCACCCAGCACAUUCUCGAGAAGAUUCCCCAAGGCGACUCCAAGCUGACCUAUGUUUACGAUAGAUAUCUCUUCCACUAUAUCCAGCGCAACGGCAUCAUCUACCUGUGCCUGGCGGACGACACCUUUGGCCGACGCAUCCCGUUUGCUUUCUUGGAGGACAUUGCUGCCCAAUUCGAGACAACCUACGGCGCCCGGGGACAAACGGCCAUAGCCUAUGGACUCAACGAGUUCUCCAAGACCAUUGCCGCCCGGAUGGAAUACUUCUCGGCCAACCCCGAGGCCGACAGUCUCCGCCGAGUCCAGGGCGAGAUCGACCAGGUCCGCGACGUUAUGGUCCACAACAUCGAAAAGGUCCUCGAGCGCGGCGAGCGCAUCGAAAUCCUGGUCGACAAGACCGAGUCGCUGAACGCAACGUCGUUCGCAUUCAAGAAGCGAUCGACGGCCCUCCGCCGCGCAAUGUGGUGGAAGAAUACCAAGCUCAUGGCCGUGUUGGCCGUCGUCGCCGUCCUUCUGGUCUACGUGCUUAUCGGCAGCGUCUGCGGCCUCCCAGCCUGGGGCCAGUGCUUUGCCAAGUGAUGUUACUGCCCUUGUUACCAGCAAUGUGGCAAUGCUGUUGUCAAUGCGGUCAUGUUACUGCGGGCGUGGUAAUAUUACAACUUGACAAUAUUGAACCGGGACACCCUGGGCUGUCGCUGUUUCCCGGUCUGAAUACAUCGCU